AAGUCUGUUAUCCAGAGCAAAUAUGGCUUCCUGAUGCGCGGUGAAAGUCCAUGAAGCCCGAAAGAAAAGUCAAGCAAAAUUUACCGGGUUUUGGGACCAUUGGGCAAAUCAGAUAACUCAUCUGCUUUAUAUUUCGGCAAUGGAGACUCGGAAACUAUAAUAUUUAUAUGAGCUACCUUGCUAAUAAGGUCCGAACAGGGGAAUAUUCUCUUCGAAUUGAUUCUCGUUGAAUCGAAUGUUUGACUUUCUCGCCGAAGUCAAUUCCUAUUUUGUGUGAGGAUGGGAAAAAUACUGGAUGUCACAUGAGAUACAAAAAUGCUUGAACCCGAAGUUCUCGAUCCAGAAGAGCUGUCAGCUGAGAAUUUGGAGUCAUUCUUUGAAGACGAGACAUUUGUGGACUAUUUCAAUACCUUCCUCGCUUUGCCAUGCUUUGCAGAGCGCCUCUUCUUCAACAAAGAAAUUGGUUUGUUUGAGGAGUUUGUACAAAAACUAGCAGAUGAUGUUGGAGAGGGGGAUGCACAGGCAGCCUCUCAACUCAGAAACUUAACUCACUUCAAAGGGACCAUCUACAAUGUCACUAAUAAUGAGACUCGGAUUGGUUACUAUGUCUCAGUCUUGGACAAAGCAGCAAGUUUUAAAUUUGUUCUAGAGAACCGUAUCCCGUUAUUCCUGAAAAGUGAGCUGUAUGCUGAGUACAAGCUCUCUCUUAUCCUUUCUACUGUGCAGGCCUCACUGUUAGGUGAUUUCACUGGAGAGGAGGAAUUCAAUGACAUCAGGAGUGGUUCACAGCUCAGCCGCCAACGCAGUGUUGUAAGCUUUAAUUUGGGAAGCCCAGAAAGGGAGUAUUCCGCUGGCAGCCGUAAUGCUGACUCACCCCACAUCCGCUCCAUCGAGGAGACAUUCGGAGCAUGGCAAGACUCGUUUCGCCAAGCUGACAGUAGAGCAAGUUUGUACAACUAUGCUGAUGCAAGUCUUAUGUCCGCUCCUGAGAUAAGGGAACCCGAAUCGGAAAGUUGUUCUGAGUCAAGUGAAUUUGAUAACAAUGAUCUCGGACUUAAGGACGAAGGCAGACCUCAAUCUAGGAUGAGCUAUCUAAGUGAUGUGUCGGCAGAGUCUAAUGCUGGUUCGCAGAUUGGAUCGAUGGAUACCACUCUGAGGGACGAGAUUGACAUUGACAUGAACAGCGAAAUUGAUGAAAGUGUCCAUCAGUCUGUACAGGAAAAAAGUGAAAUCGAAAAUAAUAACGACUCGCUAAGUCAAAAUAAAGUUACUAAAUACGAGGAUAAAGAAUCACAAGAUUCCAAUAGUAAUCCGCAUAGAACACAAGUGAACACUGAGUCCAAACAGGAGACAUGUGCAGGUGAGGAAGGAACUGCUACUGAGAAUAGUGAUAGUGUGAACAUAGCGCAGCCUUCACCAGGCGCUGUUCCACCUCGUAGGGUGACUACAGAUGGACCUAGAUUCAUCGAAGGACAGUUUCUUAGACCCAAAUCUGGGCUCACUGUCGAGACGAUCCCUGAGGAAGCUGAAGAUAGCGAUAAUUACUCGAGCAGGUCACCUUCCAUUACCGGAAACUCCUUUAGCGCACAGGGAUGUGACUCUGUGUUUGACGCGGAGGCUGAGACCAAUAGGACAACAACAGAACUGGCCGUUGGCAAUCCAGAUGAUUCUGGUGAUACAUGUAGAAAAUGUGGACGCAGUUUGAUAGAUGUUGAUGAGCAAAAUUCAGAGGAUUUGUGCGAGUCUUGUGUUGCUGAUGCAAGUCCUGACAACUCAAAGUCUGCUUCGGAUGAUAGUUAUGCCAAUCAGAGAGAACUACCUGAUCACAGUGCAUCUAGGAUUAGUUUUGAUGAUAAUUUUGAAAUAAGCUAUGUCGAACGCGAGAAAGGAACUGAGGAACCAGAAUCUCACACUGGAGCAGAAAACAAAGAAGAUAUAGACAAAGAUGGGAGUCCGGAUGGGAACGACGACGACACUGAUGAUACUAAUUGUAGUGAUGGAAAUAAUAGUGGCGAUGAAGAUGAUGUUGUUAGCGCCAAUGAUAGUGAUGGAAAUGAUAAUAAUGAUAAUAUUGAUAGAGAUGGUGUUGUUGGUGCUAAUGGAAAUAAUAAUGAUGAUGUUACAGACGGUGCUAGAAAUAGUGGCGAUGAUGGUGAUGGUAGUAUUGGGGGUGAUGCUCAAGAUGACAGGGUGGGCCCACACUCCCCUACUCGCCCUGCCAGCGCUGACACAGGGGGCGGAGAGGACACAGAAUCGAACAGCGUGUUCACUCUGCAAGGAAUCCGCGGAAUUCUUAGCUCACGCAGACACAGCAGUAUCGCUGCGACUUCCAUAGGUUUCGAUCUCGAUCAGGAAUCCGAUUACGAUGAGGAUGAAGACGAUGAGGACGAUCGCCCUUAUGACUUGUCCACCAAAGAUGGCAUGGAUGAAUUCAAGGAGUUCUUGAUUGGCACAAAUGGCGAAAAGCAUCUCAGACUUUGGGUUGAUGUGGAGUGUGCCAAACACUUGUACGAAGAGCAGGAUAAGCAGUGGUUGGCGGGCGUGGUCCGCGAGCGGUACUGGAACAGCGGUGCUCUGUACGAGUUAACGACUGCGACCAAGAGGCGACUGGAGAUUGAUAAUCCAUCUAAAGUAACUUUUACCAGGCUAAUGGACGCGCAGCACUGCGUACUAGAGCCAAUCACAGCCUACUGGUGCCCACGGUUUACCAUGCAUCAACAAAGACGGCGAGUGCGCGGCUUUGACCUCGAGUACAACCGACUUAUGGCCGAACGGCCGAAGUCGUGCUUCCGAAGAGUUAACGAGCUGAGUAACCUCCCGCAAGAACCGGAAUCGUGUGGCCUGUCUCGAAUCACAUGUGCACAGAAUUCGGUCACGUGCUCGCAGGUUUCAGCCCAGGGUUCGCAGGACUCAAUCAGGUGCGCCAAGCAGUGGAUGCGUCCCCAGAGCUCGCGUGUGCCGAUGGGAGAAAAGGCAAGACCUGUGACAGCCAAGAAAAGGAUACGCUCCAAAUCCGCCCACCCGAGGCUGAUCCCAGCGAGUACGCCGAUGCAUACUAAUGCAAGCACUACACAGCUACAGAAUAUCCUGGUCUCCGUACGCAAGGGCUACGGGUAUAACGAAGUAAAGCCUGCAUCAUUUCCCUCAGAAGUCAUACCUGAGUACCAUUCAUCGGUCAGGCUCUAUAUCAACCCCGUCCCCACCCCCCACGGGAAGGUGCAAAAAAUGCUCAGGCUUCUGCAUCGCACAGCCGUUUCAGCUGACAAUCCUCAGCCAAUCAGAUGCGCGAAGCAACGCGAAGCAUCAGGGGGCAAUAGCAUGGAUGCACUGAUUGAAGGGCUGAUUUUAGAGAAGCAGACCGGGGGUUACUUUGAGGCUUUCCUCAGGAGACUGGGUAACAAGUUGUGGGUUGAUUGUCUUGAGUUCUGGAAGUCACUUCAAGAUUACAAUGCAUACUUCUUUGCCGACUCACUCAACCCGUCCGUGUUAGCCAAGAAAGCCAGGUCGAUGUAUGCCCGCUUUAUCGUCGGUGGUGGUUGUCAAUCCAUUGGCCUUAGUAACGAGAUACAAGAUCAGGUUGCUAAGCAAUUGGAACCGGCGUAUGAGGAACUCUUUGACGCCGUAGAGGACCACGCCCUUCACUGUCUUCUUGAGCCCUGGCAGAUGCUACAGAAAGACGAGGAGAAGGACUACGUGGUGAUUACAAAAGAACAGAAGCUAUGUCAUCUGGAGCUAAAAAUGCUACCUCGUAGACGGCAAAGCAUUGUACAAGCACAACAGGCCGGAUUCGUAGACGAAGAUGUAGAUAAAGAUAAAAUUACAAUCGAAGAAGCCAAUAGUCCAAUGCCCGUCCCCAAGGAUGGUUUCUCUUUUGACGUUCUCAUUAGAAGCAGGAAGGAGAUUGAAUACUUCAAAGAGUUCCUUAACAAGAAACACACCAAGGGAAUCAAGGACCUGAUGGCGUGGACGGACAUGGAGACAUUCAGGAGAAUUCCCAAGUUCAUGGAGGACAAGCGCGACAAAAAAGCUGUUGAAGUCCGAAAUAGUUGGCUAUCCAAGAAGUACUUCUUUGGAAACGAUAGCCCAGCUUCACGCGAGGGACAGCACCUUAUCAUGAAUGUGAAUGGCGGGCGUGUCAUUAAGGAGAGGCCAACAUCGCCGGUGAUCACAGAAGCGCAGAAGUUCGUGCGUGCACGCAUAGAGAGGCGCUGGUUACUGCUGUUCAAGCAAACUGCGGAAUUCCUGGACCGACAGAAGCCCAAGGUGUCUGCGCCGGAAGUUGUAGAGGAUAUCCUUCUUAAGAGGAGACUGCAAAGGAGUGAGGCCGCCUGGAAGAUCUUAAACAGCCGUUGGGUUUCGUCGUCACGUGACGUUGUUGCCUUGCGCAAUCAGCUACUGAACCCCAGUCUCUGCUCGGAGUUCAAGACUUUCGUUGCGCUCAAGGGAGAGACGUUUGAGAAUGAUGUCGAUUUCUGGCUCGAGGUUCAGAAAUUUAAGGAUUUAUGCCACACGAAUGCGCAUGACGGGCUGAUUCGCCGCAAGGUCCAGGCCAUUAACGAGUGUUUCCUGAACUCCGCCAUCUCCCCCGAGCUGCAGAUAGACAUUCCUAUCGAGAUGGCGGAGAAGCUCGUGGAACGCCUGACGGCGCGUCAUCUACACGUGCAUCCGUACAUCUUCAGAGAGGCGCAGAUGACUGUCUUCAGGGUACUUUUCAAUCACUGGAAGGAGUUUGUCGCGUACCGCAGCAAGGCGAACCCUGCGAAUCAGACCCUUCUACAGCACCUCGAGGAUCAACUCAGGAAACAGAGAGCUGACGUGCGAGCGAAACGGGAAGCAAGCGAGAGGCGCAGAAUGGCACGACUAAGCGCAGAGAGGAGAAGAAAGGACAAAGAGGAGAGGGAGAGGAAGAGGAUGGAGGACUUAGCCAGCCUAUUCAGUCUAGAGACUGCGUCCAUUUUCUACUCAGAGGAAGACGAAGUGUCCUCCUGGCACUACUCCAAGCACAUCGUGGAGAUGGAGCGACAGGAACACAUCCGCCGUCUACGCGCGCAAGGGAUUGUGGUACCAGACGACGCAUUCUUAGAAACCGAGAAAGAGGACACAAAAAGUCGACGUUCCAGAUUGUCUGUAGCAGCGAAGUCUAGCAAUCUCCAAGAGGGUAAACCAUUCAAGCUAAAAAACAAGAACUUGUCAGGUAGAUCAGGCUUGGAUGGUGGAAGUGAUAAAAAGAGCAGUGAUCGGAUAUCCGCUCGCAACGUGCUACUGCGUAAUCUCAAGAAACAGCACGCUGACAAGGCACCGCAGUCGCCGCUAGCCGACCGACGCGGAUCGAUUCGCUCCCAGUCCCCUUGCAUUUCGACCACUCGUCGAGGCUCGGUGAUUUCCCAGAAGUCAGCACGGUUUAGUUUAACCGGGAAAGAUGAAAAGAAGCCAACAGAAGGCAAAGAGGUGAAACACGAUGACACGACCAAACCAGAACGUGAGGUCGCCAGAGAGGACACGAAAAAAGACGUGAAGGUAAAACAGGAGAAGUGUCCAGUGAAGGUACAAGAAAUUCAAGUCAUUCCAAAUGAGCCCAGUGAAUACGCCAACGACUUUGCUAAAGCGUUACUAAAAGAUGAAGAGCCACAACAAAAAGCAAGAGGGAAGCUUUUAUCGGGACGAACACAGAAGAACAAACGAAUGCUCCUCAGUCCCGGGAAAGUGAAAGGAGGGACGAAAGGCGUACCUUUGGAUGCGAUAUCAUGUAUAAGUGACUAUAGUAUUGUUAGUAACAUAGACUACCCGCAGAGGGGGCAGGUAGUGACUCCACCCAAGCAGCUCAAGGGAUCCGCGUCGCAACUGACGCUCAAGUCUCUGAAGGACUUCACGGAUUCGCCGGAAGGAGCACCACUAGCGGUUCCGUUACCGCUGGUCAGAAUAACCUCGGCCUCACAGAAAGAACUGUCAGACGGUGAGGGUUCCCAAGGCGACCCGGCACUCGCGUCAUUUAGGCCACGUCGCCAACAUAUUAUCACCAUGGCAACGAGAAAGAGUUCAGCAAGAGAGAGACGAAAGAUGCUGGGUACUAGGAACUCUGAGCCGGUCGUUACCCCGGAUGUAAUUGUUAAUUAGCGGUUUUGGCUACAUGACAGAAAUUCCAAUUUUUGCUGGAGCAGAAUUUGAAAACAAUUUGAAUUCAAAAAUUGCCCAGAAAUAUGAACUGGUGUUUAGUCUAUAAACUACACCACUGAAGCGAGUGUCAGAGUUAUUCCUUUUUGUGAUUAGCUAUUUGUAUUCAGUUAUUUAUUUUUUUCAUUUUCCUGUUUUUUUUUUCAUAAUAAACACCAUAUUGUACACUAAUCCCCCAUUGCAGCCGUUCUGGACUCGUCACGCUAGGCGGCGAUCGAGGAGACUUUACACGUGUAAAGUCUAAAAUAAAUCAUUUGGAUCCUGUUA